AUGUCCUUGAAUGUACGGAUGCUGAGAGUUGUCAGACUUCAUCCUGAAUACACUUCUCCAGUGACUGAAGUGAACGGCAGUACUUACUCGCAGAGUUGUAUGCUUUGUCCUAAUGCUAGGUCAAGGGACUACACGCUUGCCAUUGCAUCGAGAAUUGUUAAGAGUUUUUAUGGCAAGGCUUCUAUACGGCAAUGUAGAGUGAAGAUUCAGCACCAAAGCAAGAAAGAUGACUCCAAGUGGAAAAUGUUGGUCAACGAAGUAAUUGCAGCUAAGAAUGCAUUGGGACCAUUCUCAGCUCGAUUGCUUUACUCCAUCAACCACAGGGCUUUAUCUUUUGCAACUGUAUCAUGGGUGCAACUAGUAUUAGCAGAAUUUUCACCUAGACCCAGAUUGCCUGGUUCUGUGGAAAACCUGUUGCCAGUUGUGUUGGCGGUUGGGGAAGAUAGUUCCCUUGUAACUGAAAUUUUAGCACUGAGGCACGAUCAAUUCAAGCUAAGUAAAAAUAUGGCAUUUGGCUCCAUUUCGAUUCUGUGGAAUAAAUGGAACAUCCGAGGCUUCGUCAUGCUGAGCCUCUGGCUUCAGCUGCAUUUGAUUGGGCUCAUCUCUCACAACCAAAGCAAUCCGUUCACUCAUGUAGCUGAAGUAGAUGGAGCACUUCUUGCAUUUUGGGCUUCAUUUCUCUUGUUACAUCUUGGUGGUCCAGACACCAUCGCUGCCUUUUCUAUGGAGGAUAGCGCGCUUUGGCGACGGCACUUGCUCAGUCUUGUCUUCCAAGUUGGUUCCGGGAUUUAUGUCUUUAUGCAGAUCUUUCCCACAAACAAGUCACUGUUGAUCCCAAUGAUGUUGGUGUUUCUUGCUGGUGUCAUAAAAAAUGUGGAGAGGAUGGUGGCACUUAAUUUCUCGAGCCUCCUAAAGCUCAGGGACUGGCCGUUCUCACAGCGCCCCAGUCCUGAUGAUGCAGCUUCAUAUUCUAAGGUUGUCUUGAAUAUGUCACAGCUAGAGUUUUCUAGUGACGAAGAAGUAAAGCUUGCCGAGAGCAUUGUGGUGAAGCAUGCAUUCUGCUUGUUUCAAAUGUUUAUGGUCCUUCUCGGAGAUCUCAUGUUCACAUCUAAAGAUCGCCAAGUGAGCAUUGAAUAUUUCCACAAAGUUUCCGCGAUGGAUGCAUUGAGGGUGAUAUCAGUUGAACUCCAACUCAUGUACGAGGUGCUCCACACAAAAACAUUGGCAAUACGUUCUAUUUGGAGCUACAUUUUCCGCUUCAUAGCCUUCACUAACGUUGUGACAGCUUUUGUCCUGUUCAAUCGCUUUAAAAAGCAUCAUCUCCCCGAUCUCGACGUGGAAAUUACUUAUUCCCUUCUUUUUGGAGGGAUUGCUCUUGAUGUGAUAGCUCUAUUGAUGCUUGUUUUCUCCGAUUGGACUAUUGUGGGAAUCAAGCAAGUUUCAUUCCUCAAUAAGUUCAUAGUCGCCAUGACUAACCUGAGAAAGCCCCGAUUCGCCACAUGUGAAGCACAUCCUAAUGCCAAUUAUGCUUAUACGGCUUUAGAUACACCAUUAAUAUUUCAAAGGUGGUCAGAAUCGAUCUCUGCUUGCAACCUUUUAUCCGAGUUCACAAAGAAGAGUCCGAGAAAGAUGUUGAAGCACGGUCGAUACUCGGGCAUCAUUCACAAUCAAUGUUGGGGCAUCAUUCACGAUAGCAUCCAUCGCAUCAUUCACAAUCGAUGCUGCGGCAUCCUUCGCGUCAUUCACGAUCGAUGCUGCGGCAUCCUUCGCGUCAUUAUCAUUUUACUCCAUUCUCGUCUCUCCCCUUUAAAAGCACCUAGGAUUGCGAACACAAAAUACGUGUCCAAGAAUCCCUUCAUUAAAGAGUUAUGGAUCUUUAUUUUUAAGGAGGUGAGACAUAAAUCCUUGUCGGCGUACAAUGAAAAAGUGGUAAGAGAUAUAUUUGAGGCUAAAGGUGAUUUUUUCCUCGAGAGUAUGUGGAGGUUCGAUUACUCGAUCGAUUACAAACAGUAUGUCACCAAUGUUAAUUUUGAUGCUAGCAUUAUAAUAUGGCAUAUUGCUACUGAAAUAUGUUAUAACAUAGAGACACCCAUAGCAAAAAAUGAAGAAAGGGAAUUCAGCAAGAUCCUCUCUGACUACAUGAUAUAUCUUUUACUUAAUCAAUCUAAUCUCAUGUCCACUGUAGUGGGUAUUGCCCAAUAUAGAUCGGCGAAAAUGCUUGAGAAGAUGGGUGGACACGAAAGGGAUGUGGAGGAGCUAUGCGCACGUUUGUAUAGUAAGUCUUCCGAGAUUGAGGAAUCCACGCUCUCUCAGGGAAUCAAGUUGGCCAAAGAGAUGGAAGGGUUCGAGAAAGAUAAGUGGGAGGUGAUGAGCGGAGUGUGGGUUGAAAUGUUAUCAUAUGCAGCGGUUCAUAUUAAGGGGGAGACACAUGUGCAGGUGUUGAGCCAAGGUGGAGAGCUUCUUGCAUUUGUUUGGUUGUUGAUGGCCCAUUUCGGUUGUUUCUACAAUCCUGAAUGGGGCAUUGCCGCAAAUUACGAUGAUUUGCAGCUCUUUAACAAGACCUAG